AUGGAUUCCGCUUCUCUCCCGCAAACCCAUACUAAAGAACAACAGUAUCAAUUUCAGGCAUGCGAUUCACAACAAGCCGAUGAUUCAUCCCAGAUUCGACCAUAUACAUACGGUGAAUCCAGUUAUUCUUGUUACCAGAACCCACAAUACUCACAACAGCAACACUCCACACCGUACAAUUCUGAGCAUUCCAGUUCUCACGGACAAAAUUACGCGCAACAGCAUCAGCAGCAGCCCAUUCAUCCUCCCGGAGUCGAGGCGCUACCGCGUGAGGGUGCGGCAGUGUCCAGCGGUCCGGAAUUUGUAGCCGCUGAUUUUUCUGCUUGGGUGCAGAACCAGCAGAAUGCAUAUUACCCUCCAAAACAGAUGGAUUUACAAGCGGAGUUGAACCCGGCUGCGGCAGCGGCUCUGGCGGCGCUGUGGGGACUCGUUGCAGGCACAUCUAGUGGACCCAGCUCAGUAGAUUAUGCUCUCAGGCCAAUGCCUCAUCCUUCUUUAUGCCGGGGUGGUGGUAGAAGGCCAUUCAGAGGUCGUCGUGGGCGGGGAAAUUUAAGCAUGCGUGGAAAGGCUCGUAACUGGGGCAUGGGUGGACCAACACCCAUCCAAUUGCAUGAAUCAUCAUCUUCUUCUCAUCCAGAAACUUCUACUGCUGAAAUGGCAGGUUCUACUGUAGAGAAGGCAGAAAAUAAUAAUAAAGAAGCAGAAGGUGGGUUGCUGGCGCAGACAACUAAAAUAACACAAGAUAAUGCAGCUCUUAAUCGGCGGCCAACUCAAUUUGCAUGGUGUGAAGUAUGCAGGGUCGAAUGCACUAGUUUGGAAAUCCUUGUGCAACACAAAAAUGGAAAGCGACAUAAAAAGAAUUUGCAAAGAUUAGAAGAGUCGAGACAUGCUAACAAAUCUGCUAAAAUUCUGGAUAAGCAGACACCUACAGGAGUUUUUAAUCCUGAAGUGACUUUGAAAUCUGAUAAUUUACUGGAAGGUGAAGAAAAUAAGCAAAUCCCGUCCAAAUAUUUGCCAACUGAAGCAGUUCCCAGUGGAAGUAGGGUGGAAUCUGAACAGAAAAAUGAUCAAGCGGAUCGUCCUGAUAUUCCCAUAGAGCCACAAUCUUAUAUGCCAGAAAAUAACCCUCAUUUGAUUCAAGCUUUCAAUCUGAGACAUGUUUGGAACCGUAAUAUGCAAGGUGAUCGUGGAGGGAAGCGUAUGAAAACUUCUGAUACACUGAGGCAACCUCCGAAACUCAAAGUUGUAAUUCCCUUGAUAUGUGACUUGUGCAACGUAAAGUGUGAUACACGGGAGGUCUUUGAUCGUCAUCUUUCUGGUAAAAAGCACAUUUCUAAGCUCAAACGCUAUGAAGGUCACCAAGCAAUGUACGGACCACAAGGACUUCAAGCUCUGUACCCUCAAAAUCCCAUCACACAAACAUUAUAUGCUCGACCAGGUCCUCAAGUCCUUCAUGCUUUGCAGGGUUCAAAUGUUCCACCCGGACUUCCUAUGCCUUCACAAGCUCACUAUGCUGCACCUACAGCAAUGGAUACUCGACUUCAGCAAAAUCCCAACCUUCCAAUGUCUAAUGCUACUUCACAGCAGUGA